AUGGCUCAACUUUCGGACAAAAAAGAUAGUCCAGGAGAUCCUCCACUCGUUCUCGUUCAAAAAUAUCUACAUGAGAAUCGGGAAGCUGUGUUGAAUUGUUGUGUGCUGGUUGGAGUCACGAUAUUCAUUGCAUAUCAAGCUCGUUCAUUCUAUCAAGUGAAAGGGCCAAAGAAAGGAGAUUUAUCAUUGAUUGAUUCCAGAAGGAAUACAAAAGUCGCUUUAACAGCCGAUAAAAAUAUUUCAGCGAAGCUCCAUGCAGUCGAUGAUUACACAGAACCGAUUAGAGAAAUUGGACAUGUGUCUGCAUCGAAAACUCUUGAAGAAGACUCGUUACGGAACUCGCAAAUUUUUUACGAGAAAAUGAGUAGAAGAAGAGUCACCAAUGUCUACAAGGAUAUUUCUGUUCCAUUCAAAGUCGUUCAGAAUAUCGUCAGAACAGCAGACACAUGUCCCAGUUUUUCAUCCACUAAUCAACCAUGGACAAUAUGUGUUGUAGGAGCUGAAAAGACAAAAUGUGAGGUUCGACAUUUGAUCGAGGAAGCCGCCAAAAAGCGGUACGCCUUGGAGCAUGGUCUGGCUGAUGAAGCCGAAGACUCAAAUAUGGUUGCUGCCUUAAGCCACGUUUGGUCGAAAGCCUAUCUAUCCGAUGCACCAUUUCUCAUCCUACUUUUCGCUCAUGUUUCACAUCGAGACGAGAGCGAUAAUUGGGUACCAGUUGAAGGAGCUGAGACAGCUGUCGCAACUCUUUUGGGAUUACUUUUAGCUGCUAUUCAAGUGUCUGGCUUAUCCACAAUAGCAACAGCGGCCAGGCAUUGUGAUCCGGAUAUACGAAGUCUUCUGCAUAGGCCAAGCACAGAAAAGAAGGAGAAAAGGAAGAAAUAUCACAAGAAUCUCGUGCUAAGAGAACAAGUCGAUACAAAAAAGAGCACUCGAUCGAUCCAGAAUCCGAAGCAGAAAUGGAUCGAUCAAGAAGAGCAAGGAGUAGAUCUAGACCCAUUGAACAAAUUGUUAAACUUUAUUGAAUAU